ACCACUCCAUCAACACGUUUCAGACGCUGAUAAACCUCUCUCUCUCUCUCUCCUCACUUUCUCUCUCUAUAAGAAGCCAUAACCAACCAAUCUCAUUUCUCUCACACAAAUCUAUGUAUAUGAACUUUUAGCUCAAGCCAUGUUUAACAAGGCACAGUCUUUCGUCUUCUUGUUCUCCUUGUUCCUGAUCCUCUGCGGUCCAGUUCACUGCAGCCGCGUAAUCAGCGACCAAUCGGUUGUUGAUCUGGUAUCGGAUGGGGUCGAUUUCAGAGAGAAGGAGCCAUCUUAUCUCCGACUCAAUAAUCCCUUAACGUCGUCGUUUUCAGCCGCGGAGGCCGAGUCUACCUGCGAGCAGUCCUACGGUUUCUUACCCUGCACCACCACCGCUCUCGGUAAUCUCUUUCUGAUACUCGUCUAUGGCUUUCUUAUGUUCACUUCCGCCACCUACCUCUCCAAUGGCAGUGAGCUUUUGCUUGAGAUCCUCGGCCCUGGCCUCAUCGGCGGCUUGUUCCUCCCCAUACUCGGCGCUCUCCCCGACGCCAUGCUUAUUCUUGUAUCUGGACUUUCUGGAACUACGGAAGUUGCCCAAAGUCAGGUUUCUGUUGGAAUGGGAUUGCUAGCAGGGUCGACUGUAAUGCUCCUUACUGUAAUAUGGGGUACCUGCAUUGUUGUUGGCAAGUGUGAUAUUGAGAAUUCGGUUGCAAAAGAUUCAACUGAUACGAAAGGGUUUAGCUUGACUGGUUCUGGAGUUAGCACAGAUAUUUGGACUAGCUAUGCGGCUAUGAUUAUGGCCGUAUCUGUUAUCCCAUUUCUUAUUGUUCAACUACCUCAACUUCUAAGUUCUACCUCCGGAAGACAUUUAGCUGUGUUGAUUGGGCUUAUUGCCUCAGUGUUGCUAUUGAUUUCUUAUUGCUUGUAUCAGGUUUUCCAGCCUUGGAUACAGAGGAGGCGAUUAGAUUAUGCUAAGCAUAAGCAUGUUAUAUCAGGAAUCUUGAAACAUUUAAAGACGAGUAGAAGGCUCCUUACUGAAGAUGGUGAACCCGAUGUAGAUGUUAUAUCAAAGUUAUUUGACAAAAUUGAUGCGGACAAUGAUGGUGAGCUUUCUACUUCUGAAAUAAGAGCGUUGAUUAUUGGAAUUAAUUUCGAUGAGAUAGACUUAGACAGUGAUGAAGCUGCGAACAAAGUGAUGGCUGAUUUUGAUACAUCCAACAAUAGCCGAGUUGAUAAGAAAGAAUUUAUAAAUGGUAUUUCUAGAUGGCUUAAUGAGGCAAACCAGACAAAGCGAUCAGGGAACGCCUCUUCUGACCCUUUAGAUGAAUUCCACGAGCAAACAAAGAAAGAUCUUUUGGGAGGCCACGAUCAAAGUGAUGAGGUCCUAGAAGGUGUUGAGAAUGCUAAAAUUAUAAUAGUGAAAGCAGUGUUGUAUUUGUUGCUGGGAACUGCGAUUGCAGCAGCUUUUGCGGAUCCCUUGGUGGACGCUGUCGAUAACUUCUCAAGUGCUACAAGCAUUCCCAAGUUUUUCAUCUCAUUCAUUGCACUACCUCUGGCUACCAACUCCAGCGAGGCUGUAUCCGCAAUAAUAUUCGCUACAAGGAAGAAGAAAAGAACUUCCUCCUUGACAUUUUCAGCGAUAUAUGGGGCGGUCACGAUGAACAAUGUACUUUGCCUAUCGGUUUUCUUGGCCCUCGUCUACGUCAGAGGACUAACAUGGGACUUCUCAUCUGAAGUUCUCAUCAUUUUCAUAGUUUGUACUAUCAUGGGUCUGUUUGGCAGCCUCCAAACCACUUUCCCUCUGUGGAUGGCGUCAAUCGCAUUCCUGCUCUAUCCAUUCUCACUUGCUCUGGUUUAUGUUCUGGAUUACUUCUUCGGCUGGUCAUAGACUCUUAUUAUGUACGAGUUAUGUUGGCAUACAUGAGGGUAACUCUUCCUUUUUUUGUAUUCAGAUCAGAACACCCUCUUUUCCCAUUUGGAGUCAUUUGUAUGAUUAGUGUUUUGAGACUUGAAACUAUGUAUGUGAAUCUUACUGCAUCAUAUGAUUGGAGCAGCUACUACCUCAUCAAAUUUUCUAAUAUAUUUAUAGUAGUAGUAAUGGUGAGGUGUCAUUUCCUUUUCCAUUUUAGUUAUGCUCUCUCUUUUAAUAGUGUCUUUUGUGUCAAUGUAUUAGUCAAUAAAAUUGCUUGGCAGAGUUAUAAAAUGUAAGGAUUCCCAUGUCAAAACAAAAAGAAAUUGGGGGCAUUAAUAUAUUUAUUAGAAUUUUAGGCGGCUUUCUUCA